GCAGCAUUCUUCUUUUCGCGCAGUUCCGUUCGGUCGGUGACCAGCUGUUUUGUACCGUCGUUCCCUUUUUCCCGCUGGCUGCCUGACCGGCCACCCGAAAGAUGUUCCGAAUUGGAUUAAAAUUUCCGUACAACGGUCUAAGUCGGGUCAGAAAAUACGGCUGCUCCAGGCUACACUUGACAGCCAGGUACUACGAGACGCGGGCGCGUGUCAAGUGCGAUCCGGAUGGGAGGCUAUGCAAGGAUGUCAGACUUAUGUCCAGAGUUACUGGACCUAAAUAUUCAACUGCACCGCCAAGAAGCGAGAAAAGCCGGGGAUCAGGAACAUUGAUAACUCUAGGAGCCAUAACAAUAGGUACUUUAGGAAUAUUAGCAUACGCCAAGAAAGAUCCAGAAGUCCGAGCUAUGCUUGAAGGAUGGAUUCCUGGCACUGACAAAACUAUUCGGAUUAUUUUCCAAGAAGAGUCCAGCUACUUCGACUUCAUAUUCACGUUUUUCGAAACUCUGAAACAGACAGUAUUGGGUGUGUUUCUCAAGGAAUCAACGCCAGAACCAGCGCCCAAGCCAGUUUUUAAACCACUAGUUGAGCAAAAAGAAUCGCCCAUUAACGAGAAGUACGCCGAAAUUCGUGUUAGUAAGGAGCAGGGUGAAAAAGUAGAUGUUGUGGUCGAGAAGCCGGCGCCGCCGGCAAAAAAAGUGCCCGAGGAAUUGAAACCGCAAAGUCUCGUUGAGCUAGAAACGUAUUGCGGCGAAGCAGCCGCUAAAGCCAUCGCGGCGUAUCACGAAGCACUGUGUACGCUUCAGGAAUACAAUGACGAUAUUGUAAAAGUGGUCGAGAAUGCUGGCACCACGAUAGGUGGAAAUGUUUGGCAGAGGUUAAAGGAGACGACGGAAAAGAAGAAGAAAGCGAUGCAACAGGCGGAAGACCACGCGAAGGAAGCGCUGGAUUCGCUGAAACGCACGUAUAACUUAAUCGAAGAAGCCGCGCUCGAGGCGCCGGCUCACAUGAAAACGGCCGCGAAGCGGAACGUCAGGAAGAUUCUGGACGAUGUGGAGGAAGCCAAGAAGAAGUACACCGAUGGGCUGCAGAAGGGUAACAUCGCCGAGCGCUACUGGAAGCAACUGAAGACGGCGCGGGAAAACUUUAACGAAGAAUUGCAAAUCCUGUUUCCCAAUAUAAAUAUUCAGGACAAGAAACUAUCCGUCAGCGAAGAUGCCUUCGAUUUAUUCGUCUUGCAUAUGUAUCACAAAGUCAACAAUUUGCAGAGCGAGCUGGAAAAAUUAAGGACAGUCGAUGAAGCUAAAUUGAAAGCAGCGUUAAGAGCGGCGGGUGAAGAUGCGAAUCAGGAAAAGUUGGACGCACUGAUCCGCCUUGCAGUUGAUCAAGAGAGAUUCGCUGUUGAAGAACAGCAGGCCAAAAAGUUGCUGGCGGAGCAGAAGAAAUUCCACGACGAGAUGCGGCGGCAGCUGAAAUUGCAGUCGGAGGUACACGCCGAUCAUCUUCGAGAGGCACUUUCGGUCAAAGAGCAGGAAACGCGAAGGGCACUGCAGAACACGUUCUCCGAGCAAGUCGAAGCCGAGUUCAUGAAGUACGAGACACAGCUCGCAGCGGUGGUGGGAAGGCUACAUGCUUUUGCAGCUGCUCUUAAAGCUCACAUAGAAGAGAAGAAAGGAGCAUCGAAUGCACAGAUCCUUUGGUCGGCCUGUCAAGCCUUGUCUAGAGCUGUGAAAGUCGCGCCACCGGGUACACCUAAGGAUGAGAUAAUCAGGCCACUCGAACCUGAGAUCCAGGCUGUCUGCAAAGCAGCACCGAAGGAAGAGCCUCUGGUGCACGCCGCCCUACAGAGCAUUCCCGAAGAGGCGGUGAAGAGAGGAGUGUUUCCGGAAAACACUCUUCGCGAGAGGUUUCUCAAGGUAGAGAGCGUGGCGAGAAGAUUAGCCAUGGUGCCUGCGGAGGGUGCAGCCCUACCUAUAUAUCUUCUUAGCUACCUUCAAAGUUUCCUGAUCAUCAAAACGGCCAAUCCAAUUCCCAGGAGCGAGCUCGAGGACGAGCCGAUCGACGUGAACUCGCUGAAUACGUACGACAUACUGCAGCGUGCCAGAUACUGGUUGGACCGCGGUGACUUCAAGAUGACCCUGAAGUACAUGAAUCUACUGAAAGGUGCACCCAGAAGCGUCGCCAGUGACUGGAUGAACGAGACCAGGAUCCUCCUGGAAACUCAGCAGGCAAUCGACCUCCUGCUGGCGUAUGCGGGUGCGACCGGUCUCGCAUAUCUCAGUGCAGUAGAUUCACCCAAGCAGAAGUAAAGCGGACGGAAAAUUGUCCCAAACCACGAGACGGGGCAUCCACAGAUGAACAGGGCGGGGGUAACAGUGGGAAACAGAGAAAGACAGAGUGAAUUGAUAGCGGUGCGGAAAACGAGGGAUGGAGAAGCACUGAGAAAUCGCUGCCAGUCUUGUAUAGUGAACAAUGUCUUUUUUAGCAAUUAAAAAAUAGGAAUACUGCGCCGGGAGAGGCGAACACAACGAGAAAGCUUUUCUUUGCCAAUCCUCGAGGACCCAUCCUCACGAUUUCCGCGAAGAAAAUGCACUUUCAUCGCUUUUCGAACUCGGGUUUCUCGAUGAGAGGCAAAUCGUGCACGAAGUCAGAGAUGUUAAACAUGCCGGAUGGAUUUCCAAGCGAACCGUUGCACGGAACAGUGACGCGAUCUCGCGAAAUGAUUUGUCUGAUAUACCCUCAUGUUUCGCUUGAAUAAACAUUUUACCCGAUGAAAAUUCGAUUCUCUUUAUUACCGCGCUCUCCACGCGCAGUUUCGUAAAAGGAAAGAUCUAUGUAGAACCCGACGUUUCGUCGGGAAAUAAUCGCGCGCACGAUUAUUUCACAUUAUGCGUAAAACAUGUUCAUUUUUCACUCGCACGCACCACUAUUCCGCUCAGCAGUUCAAAUCGUGACGGAACGGGAGAAUCACCGAAUACGAUGUAAAUAUUGGAGGCAGUUCUGUCUCAAAGACGGCGACGUGGAAAGCGUUUAAAAACGCGUCGCACGUUUAUCGCGGCAUGAAUGCGUAUCGCAUACGCGUACGUUUCAAGUGUUCCAAUGACGCUUACACAAAUCACGAACGAAAGCGCGAAUGCUCGACACUUCUCGACGCGCAUGUGAUCAGCCAACUCGUGUCUGGUCCCUCGGGAUGCAUGCAUACACCCUACAUGCGUUUCGCACGCAUUGGAAUUGCCGUUUGCCGUGUCUGCAACCUCGAUAAUCGCCUGCUCGCGCGCGUCUCCUCCGCACUCGGCGAACUCUUUCCUUGUUCUGAUCCAUCCAUCCAUCUGUCCAUCCAUCUAUCCAUCCCGAGUCAAGUACCUUUUACUUUAUAACCGGAUAUUACUCUCCCGCGCACGCUGAACUCUCGUCGCGAACCACAUCGAUCGCCGGCGUCGCGUGCCGUUACCUCGUCUUUCGCCUCUCACUCGAGACCUUCGUGAUUUCGGUCGGGACGGGGAAGUGAGCUAGAAAUGAUUGUAAAAAUUGAAAAUAAAAUGUGUUUCGUGAUGUA